AUGCCUCUCUCUCUCCGUCUCGCUCCAUCUCCGACGGCUUUAUCUCCAACCACCGGCGGGUUUGGUCCCGUGAGGAAGCAGUGCCGGAUUCCUUACUCCGGCGUCGCCACGACGAAGAUUGGUUUCUGCUCACUGGAUUCUGUGAAAAGGGUGGAUUCAUCUGUGGUGAGGUGUAGCUUAGAAACCGUGAAUGUGAGUGUUGGUCAAGUGACGGAAGUGGAUAAGGACACUUUCUGGCCCAUCGUUAAAGCCGCCGGUGAAAAAAUCGUCGUACUUGACAUGUACACUCAAUGGUGUGGUCCAUGUAAAGUGAUAGCCCCUAAAUACAAAGCUUUAUCAGAGAAGUAUGAGGACGUAGUGUUUCUUAAGCUUGACUGCAACCCAGACAACCGGCCAUUGGCAAAGGAGCUAGGAAUAAGAGUGGUUCCAACUUUCAAAAUAUUGAAGGACAAUAAAGUCGUCAAGGAAGUGACCGGUGCCAAAUAUGAUGAUCUUGUUGCAGCCAUUGAAACAGCCAGACGAGCCAUCGCAAGACAAAGCUUGAAACUUCUUGACUUCUUCUUUCUUACCUUAUUCUUCCCGAAUCUGCAAACAGAGGAUAUGCCUACUAAACACAUGAUGCCGUUUCAUGAACAUCCUUUAUAUGUAGAUGAUGGCGACUCUGUUUCUUGGUUGUGCGCUUUGUGCUUAUCAGACGAAAAACGAGGCACCGUCUAUCUGUGCAUGGAGUGUGAGCUCGUUACACACAAACAAUGCGUCGAGCCAUUCCUCAACCACCCGUUUCAGUGCAAUCACUUCCUCAAGCUCUUCAUGGCUUCACCAAUCAGAGCUGAGAAUCACCACCAUUGUCAUUUCUGUCGAAAUCAUCUCUCCUCUUUGUUGUAUGCUCGUUGCACGGUCUGCAACAUCAACAUGGAUAUGGACUGUGUGAAAUCUCCACCGCCGCUCACUGUAUUUCAACCGAAGCAUCACAAGCAUAGCCUCACACUCUUGUCAAGAUUGGUCACUUUUACUUGUAAUGCAUGUGGUUUGGAAGGCGACCGCAAUCCUUACGUGUGUCUUGAAUGCAAUAUGAUGCUCCAUAAAGAUUGCAUUGAUCUACCGCGUGUCAUAAGCAUCAAUCGUCAUGAUCAUCGUAUCUCUCAUACUUUUCAUCUUGGUCAAGAAGAAAGAGACUGGGAGUGUGGAGUUUGUCGGAAGAUGAUUGAUUGGGCCUAUGGAGCUUAUACAUGCUCUCGUUGUCCUAGUUACGCUGUUCAUUCAAAAUGUGCGACGAGAAGCGAAGUAUGGGACGGGAUAGAGCUUGAAGAUGUGCCUGAAGAAGAAGAAGAAAUCGAAGAUCCAUACAAUGUAAUCAACGAAACAGAUAUCAUUCAUUUUAGUCAUGAGGAUCAUAUUCUAAGACUGGAUGAGAGUUGUGUAAUCACGGAUAUGCGUUGCGGAGGCUGUGUUCUUCCCAUUAACGAAGAUGAUCAAUGCUACAAAUGUGUGGAAUGUGAUUUCAUUCUUCACAAAGAGUGUGCUAAUCUUCCUAGGAAGAAACGCCAUUUGCUUCACAACCAUAAACUUGUUCUGCACGUUAACGAGGUUGCUUUUAAGUGUAGAGCUUGCGACAUCUAUUCCAACGGUUUCAGGUAUAAGUGUGAAGAUGGUUGCAAAGAUAAGUUUGUGUAUGAUGUUCGGUGUAGUUCUGUAUCGGAACCGUUUCACCAUGAUUUGCAUCCACAUCCUUUGUAUUGGACAUUGGAAGGUUCUAAAGAAUGUCACGCUUGUGACAGAGAGACUAAGAAUCCUCUGAGUUGUACGGUUUGUGAGUACGCUCUAUGCAUGAAGUGUACUACUUUACCAAGAAAGGUGAAACAUAGGUGUGAUGAUCAUUUUUUGUCGCUGCGCCAAGGUGUUGGAAACGCGAGUGGUGAUUUGUGGUGUGAUGUUUGUGAGUACAAGGUGAUGGAUCCGAGUGAAUGUUGUUACUAUACUUGUGAUGAGUGUGGAGUCACUCUCGAUGUUGAUUGUGUGCUUGGAGAGUUUUCGUAUCUCAAGGUAGGACACAUAAGUCCCAAUCUUGAAGUAGUUGCCAACAAUGGUCUUACUCGGCCUUUAUGCAACGGAUUACUACGACCGCGAUGUGUGCCGUCUUUACUUGCCUGGUCUCUGUCACGAUCUCUGCCAAAUGACGAAAAUGGAUAUAUGGGACCUUGCCCAAAGGUGCAUUCUUUGGGGAAGCUUAGAAAAGAAUAUCGAGAAGCAAGGGCCAAAGGUGUUGAUAACUACGACAGGGAAUUGGAAGAUGCGAUUGAUAGGCUUAUCGUUGAGUGUGAUCGGAAGAUUCGUAGGGCCCUUAAGCGUCUUCAGGAAGAGGAUGCCAAAGCUGCCAUUGUAAUUUCCGUCUCUCAAGUCACUCAGACACCUGAAAAUCGCGAGUUACCUGAGAAAAUUAAAGAGAAGAUGAAGAGCAUUCUCUGGUUUGCAUGCCACUUUGCAGAUCUUGAAGGCAAAACGGAUCUUAAGAUUAGAGCUCUUGAGUUAGUUGAAGAGAUGAGGACAACAAGAGCUGACCAACAGUGCUGCUGCUGGAAGCCUUCAACAAAGAUAGAGCAUCCUUGCCAGUUGCCACAGCCCGUUCCAGCUCAGCCGCCAGCUUCAGCAUUACCCCCACCGGAUCCUCGCACUCAAGAAAUGAUAAAUGAGAAACUGAAGAAGGCAGAAGAAUUUGGCGAACAAGGAAUGGUUGAUGAAGCGCAGAAAGCACUGGAAGAGGCUGAAGCUCUUAAGAAGCUUACAGUUAGACGAGAACCUGCAGUGGAUUCAACGAAGUACACUGCUGUUGAUGUGCGCGUUACCGACCAAAAGCUGCGUCUGUAUGACAUCUAUUAUCAUCUUAAACCUUGGGCUUUUCUCGCUCUUCCCUAUGCGCUCGUCGAUAAUCUCUCCACAGCUUCGGAGCGAUUACCCGAAACGAUUAACGAAUUUUCAGAUUCAGAGGCAAUAUGGAAUGUUAUUGUAGGGACUAGAGUAAAUCUCUCCGAUGCUUUGAUUGACACGCUGAUCCAUAUGUUUAGAGAUGACUGGAGAUCCGCGCUUGGGGUUUUGAAUUGGGCUGAGUCUUGUAAAGGGCACAGACAUUCGAGCGAAUCUUACGAUGAUAUUCUCGGGAAGGCGAAGAAAUGGGAUCGGAUGAAGGAGUUUGUGGAGAGGAUGAGAGGAGAGAAGCUCGUGACAUUGAAUACGAUCGCUAAGAUCAUGAGGAGAUUCGCUGGUGCAGGGGAAUGGGAAGAAGCUGUCAACAGCUCAAGUCGCACAUUACGCCGAAUGCUCACACGUUUAACAUCUUCGUUCACGGUUGGUGCUCACACGUUUUAUAUGCAAGCAGCAUCCGGUACUAAAGGUGGCUCAAGUGGUUCUCCUGUCAUCGAUUGGCAAGGCAGGGCGGUAGCCUUGAAUGCUGGCAGUUGUCAGGCGUUGAGUUUUCUCCAGAAAAGCAUCGACUCGUGCACAGAUAAGCCAAAAGCAGUUCAUAUACCUCGUGGUACCCUUCAGAUGACAUUUCUUCACAAAGGCUUCGAUGAAAUACGACGACUUGGUCUCAGGAGCGAAACUGAACAGGUGGUCCGACAUGCAUCUCCACCAGGGGAAACCGGAAUGCUUGUUGUCGACUCUGUGGUGCCAAGUGGCCCUGCUGAUAAACAUUUGGAGCCAGGAGAUGUUCUUGUUCGUGUGAAUGGCUCAGUGCUUACCCAGUUUCUGAACUUGGAAGGACUGAUUGAUGAUGGUGUUGGCGAGAUACUUGAAUUGGAAAUCGAAAGGGGUGGACAGCCACUUUCUGUUAUUGUAUCAGUUCAGGAUUUACACUCAAUCACUCCAGACCAUUUCCUGGAAGUAAGUGGUGUUGUGAUCCACCCUUUGUCCUGUCAACAGGCUCGUAAUUUUCGUUUUCCUUGUGGCCUAGCAUAUGUUGCGAACCCUGGAUACAUGCUAUUUAGAGCUGGGGUCCCUCGACAUGCUAUCAUCAAGAAGGUUGCUAAUGAGGAUAUUUCUGGUCUUGGGGAUUUAAUAUCUGUUCUUUCGAAGCUCUCUAGGGGUGCUCGUGUUCCCUUGGAAUAUAUGUCUCAUACUGAUCGCUAUCGCAAGAAGUCUGUGUUCGUCACAAUUGAUCAUUUGAUCGUCAUGAAUGGUACGCUCCUCCACAGUUGUAUACCCGUAAUGACAGUUCUGGUUUAUGGGAUGCGAAACCUGCAAUCGAACCUGCUGCUGUUCCACCAUCUAUUGCUAUUAUGGAAACCUCUAGCGGGGAUGGUUCUCAGAAUGACUUUGGAUAAUACAGUUUUAAGCGACUACGAAGGUGCAACAGCACUGCUUGCUAAUUCUUCAUUGGCUGAACGUGCUAUUGAGCCUGCUCUUGUCAUGUUUGAGUCGAGAUUCCUGGAGAGGUGGUAUUUCUUCAUCCUGUUCACAACUAUGCUCUUAUUGCGUAUAAUCCGUCAGCAUUGGGCCCUGCCAGUGCUUCAGUCAUUCGUGCAGCUGAGCUACUACCUGAGCCUGCACUGCAACGUGGAGUCAGUUUAUCUUGUCGGAUUGAGUAGGAACCUUCAAGCCACAUCAAGAAAAUCUAUUGAGAGUGGGAAGAGAGAGAGCGGAGAAGAUAAUCUAGAGGAAGUAUCAAGAGGGGAAGCGAGAGCUCACAUGUUUCUGAAAGAAUUUGCAGAGAUGCCACUUGAUAUAAAACGGAGCUUAAAAUUUCACUUCAACGCCUACCUGAGAUGGAAGAAAGAUGCCACUGGGUUCCCCUUUGGAUUCACUUCACUUAGUAUGUAA